AUGGGGAUUUCGCAAACUUUCAACAGCAGCGCCAAGCUUGUCAGGCUCGCGACUUUGUGCAUAGGUCUUGUCGUCAUAAUAUGGAAUGCAACAUCUAUGCAAUCGACACAAAACGUGUACAGUCGUCUUACAAAACCAUACGCAGCAUCAAACCCCGCCGAUGAUCUUCACAACGAGUUCUAUGGUACGGUGGGAAGCUCGUCGGAUCUCACAGGGCCUGUGCAAGCGGGAAGACAUAACCAUGCUCACCAUGCACCUCCCAACCCUUCAAGCAAAGCAGAAUCUGCAAGCUUAGGACUCAACGGUCGUCCGAGGCUGCCACCUGUCGAUUUUAUCGCCCAGCACGUUCCGCAGCCGAAGGAGGAUGGCUCGCAUUUUGAGAAGCAAAAGCUUAACGACUAUAUUGAUGCCAUAUUCAACCUUGACAACAGCAUAUUCUGGCGCUUGGAAUGUCCGGAACAACACAACCAGGGACCACGUUACCAAGUCCUUCGUGAACUUUCCAAGCAGGACCCUGGCAUAAAGUACUUCUUCGCCCUCGAUCUGUACAACAUUAUCGAUAUCCUACCUCGGCUGCUAGGGAGUAUUAUUCAAGUCAUCAAAUUUCUUGGUGCCGAAAACUGUGCUCUUUCCAUCAUUGAAGGCCGUUCCCACGACGGCACAUAUAGCGUCUUGUACGGCAUCCAAGAGGAACUAUCAAAGCACGGAGUGCAAUACUGGCUCGAUCAAUCCGACAUAAACCCACAUGCCGACGGCGUCGACCGUAUCGAGGAGCUGUCUAAACUGCGCAACAUGGCUCUAGAACCUCUUACAAACCCCAAGACCCGCCCAAUGUUCAGCGACAAGCCGGUCAUAAUGUUCGUCAACGACGUCGCAAUUUGUCCCGACGACCUCCUCGAAAUGACGUAUCAGCAUCUCCUCCAAAACGCAACACAGACCUGCGCAAUGGACUGGGUGGACGGCGGUGACCUCUUCUACGACGCCUGGGUUUCAAGGUCAAUGUCUGGAAACACAUUUUUCGAGAUUCCACAGGACAUGAGCUGGGCCUUUUCGAGAAAUAUGUUUUGGGACGAACCUGACGCAUACACAUUGUACAGAGAGAAGAAGCCAUUUCAAGUGUUUUCGUGUUGGGGCGGGAUGGUAGUGCUUGAUUCGGCACCUUUCAUUGAUGGCCAAAUCUCGUUUCGGAGAAAUGUGGAGGGUGAAUGUUAUGGUGGGGAGCCUCAGACACUGGCGAGUGAUUUGGUGAAGAUUGGUAUGAGUCGAGUGCAGACGCUGCCGUAUGUGCAUGUGGCGUAUAGCAAUCAUGAGGCUGAAAGGGUUAAAAAGAUUAGGGAGUAUGUGCAUGAUGUUGUGAAUGUGACGGUGCCGGUGAACAAGUUUGAGGACGACAAGGAGACUCAGCGAGUAAAGUGGAAGCAAGCACCACCCAGAUAUAGGUGUAUGCCGGGGUUCAAUCAGCAGUGGUGGGUUGACACAGUUUAUGUGCCUGGUGAUGAGCAUCUGCAGUGA